ACGUGACCGUGUACCAUCAUGUGAUGAUCGCCGGCUCACAUCACGGGGAAGAGAAGAAAACAAGAUGGCGUCCCAGUCACAAGGAAUUCAACAGCUUUUAGUCGCCGAGAAAAAGGCUGCAGAUCUUGUAGCAGACGCCAGAAAGAGGAAGACUAAGAAGUUGAAACAAGCAAAAGAACAGGCUGUAGCUGAGAUUGAUAACUACAAGUCGGAGAGAGAGAAACAGUUUUUAGAAUACCAAAAAGAGCACAUGGGAUCCAAAGAUGACUUCCAAGCAAAGAUAGAAGAAGCUACGAAAAGCCAACUAGACCAGAUGGAAGAUGAUGUCAACCAACAUAAGGACCUGGUCAUAGAGAGAUUGCUUUCUCUGGUAUACGACAUCAAACCUGAACUACACCAAAAUUUUAGGCAAUAAUAAUAAUAAUAAUAAUGAGAACAUUCAAUUAAUAGUGAGAGCAUAUGCUCUGACAGCUUUCUUGAGUACUGUAGUUAAGUUUUAAAUUCUGUGCUGCCUUGAAAAAGGUAGUAUUUGUCUUGGUUAGAAGUCCAUAAAUACUUAGAAGACGAACAUUGCAGAGUUUUCAAGUCUCACAUCUUUAAUGUAUUCAUACUAAUCCAGUGUGUAGAAAAAAUUCACUUCAAAAAAGUGUUUCUGCCAUGCAUGGCAGAGUUUAAAACUGUAUUACAGUAUCUUUAUGGUGAUAUUUCAGGUGGAAACUCAUAAUUGUUCAUUUGUGGAUUUGCAAAAAAAGUUAUAUUAAGGGUAUUUUACUGGCAUUUGGCAGGCAUGGGGUCUAAUCAAUGGUUGUCAGGCUGCUUAAGAGUUUCUAAUAGAGAUAUGGAAUGAAAAUUUCUUUAUUCAUUUCUCUGUCUUCCUCAGUCGUGUGUGACUUGCCUUUCUCAUGUAGUGUAUUCAAAUUAUUCACUCAGCUAGUAUCUUCAUUAAAAAUAUCAACAUCAUAACAAGGGAGCUCUGUUAUAUAAUGUUGUUUCAAGCACAAUUGCACCAGUUUAAUUCUGGUCAAUUUUGUAACAACCUCUGAUGAUUUUUAAUAGAAAAUGUGACUGAUAA